AUGUUCAGUAUUAUUUUUUUUAUUUUACUAAUGACCAAGUUUUAUAGUACGUGCUGUGAAGAUUUCGAUAUUGAUACAAAUGGAUACAUUGUUUAUUGUCCGUGUAUGGGACGAUUUGGAAAUCAAGCAGAUCAUUUUUUAGGUGCUUUAGGAUUUGCAAAAGCAUUAAAUCGUACUCUAGUUUUACCACCAUGGGUUGAAUAUAGGACUGGAGAAACUAGAUCUAUACAAGUUCCUUUUGAUACAUAUUUUAAUGUCUCACAAGUGCAAAGUUGCCAUAAAGCAGUAUUAAUGGAAAACUUCAUGCAAGAUAUUGCACCAAGAAUAUGGCAACCUAAGGAAAGAGUAUCUUUUUGCUAUUCUGCACGUGGGAAAGGAGAUUCAUGUAAUGCUAAAGAGGGAAAUCCAUUUGGUCCAUUUUGGGAUACAUACAACAUAGAUUUUGUAAAAUCAGAAUUUUAUGGUCCCCUUCAUUAUGAUGUUUAUCAUACAGACAUGGCAGUGCAAUGGAAGAAACAAUAUCCUGCAUUGAAUUGGCCAGUAUUAGCAUUUACAGGUGCACCUGCUAGUUUUCCUGUUCAAUUGGAAAAUAAAAAAUUGCAUAAAUGUCUUGAAUGGAAUAUAGACAUGCUGAAUAAAGCAAAAACAUUUAUAAAACAAAAGUUACCAAGGAGGGCAUUUGUAGGAGUUCAUUUACGUAAUGGGAUUGAUUGGGUUCGUGCUUGUGAAUUUAUAUCAAGCACGCCAAAUCUUUUUGCCGCUCCUCAAUGCCUUGGAUAUCGAAACGAACGUGGAAAAGCAACUUCCGCUAUGUGUUUACCAUCAUUUGAUUUAAUAGUACGCCAUCUAAAGCGUGUCAUUCGUAAUGGUAAGGACAUAAAAUCAGUAUUCGUAGCGUCCGAUAAUAAUUAUAUGAUCGAAGAACUUACUAAAGCCUUGGCACGGAUGGAAAUCCAUGUUUUUAGACAAGAUUCACCUACAUCUCCUCAUUUAGAUUUAGCUAUUCUUGGAAGAGCAAAUUAUUUUAUAGGAAAUUGCAUAUCGUCUUUCUCAGCUUUUGCUGCAAGAGAAAGAGAAAUGAAAGGAUAUCCUACAUUCUUUUGGGGCUUCCCCACAGAAAGAUCUUCAUCUUCUAUUACGCAUGAAGAGUUAUAA